GUUCAACGUUACGAAGCAGCUUCUACAAUUUAUGGACCACACACACACACUUUAUAUAUUCAGCAAUACCAAAAAUUGGCUAGAGCUUUGGCAAAGAAUGAGACCCUAGAAUUAGGCCCAAAACCCAAUUAUUUCGACGACAAGGUCUGGACUUUGGUUCCGGGGGUUGUUUACGAUUCUGCAGAAAUGGGCAAAGAUUUCGGAGACUGCAAACGUCAGCCUAAAGAGACUUACAACAGGGGCGAGACUGCCAGUGCAGUAUUUGUUUCAGGAAAUCCAAGAAACGAUCGUUUACAUGGAAAAACUUUCCUGAAAGUUGAAAGACAGGUCGAAAAUGGUGGCUGGGAAACUGUUUAUACAGAUGCUCAUUGGGAUACAAAGAUGCACUGGAGAAGGAUAAAUCUGAUUACAGGAACAAGUGACGUCACUGUUGAAUGGACUAUUUCUGAUGACGUCACACCAGGAACAUAUCGUAUCAAACAUUUUGGAAACUUUAAAUUUUUAUUAGGAGGAAUUUUCCCAUACGAAGGAACCAGUAACGCCUUCCAAGUUUUGUAAAAAAUUUGAAAAAUUAAAAUUUGACUGAUGUAAAAUGAAUGAAAUUUUGAAGGAUUUUUGUAUAUAUUUUCAAUAAUAUAAGCAUGAUAAAUAAU